CGUCGAUCCACAUUGCCCGGUGUCCGGGUAAGAUGGCGUCGGAAGAACAGUGCUCGGUACCACCUCGAUGGCGGUCGAUAUCGCUAACCCAUGUAGAGUUCCCUGCUGGUGACCUGACUGGACAAGUGUUGGCCUACACCAGCUUGCUCCCCAUAGCAAUUCUUGUGGGCUUUGUUACUCUCAUAAUGUUCAAGCGUGAACUGCACACAAUAUCCUUUUUCGGUGGGCUCGUACUUAACGAAGGGGUGAACUGGCUGCUGAAGCACAUUCUACGGGAGCCUCGUCCGUGUGAAGGAGCUCAUGCUGCCCUGACCACGGAAUAUGGGAUGCCUUCCAGUCAUUCCCAAUUCAUCUGGUUUUUUGUUGUUUACUUCUUUCUUUUCCUUUAUUUAAGAAUGCAUCAAACGAACAAUGCUCGGUGUGUGGAGCUACUGUGGAGACACAUACUUUCCAUCACCUUGUUGGGUGUGGCCUUAUCAGUGUCCUACAGCAGGGUUUACUUGUUGUACCACACUUGGAGUCAGGUCUUCUACGGGGCCGUGGCUGGUUGCAUCAUUGGAAUUGUCUGGUUCUUCUUCACACAGGAGGUGCUCACACCUCUGUUCCCCAAGAUAGCAGCAUGGCCAAUAUCGGAGUUCUUUUUGGUGCGAGAUACGAGUCUGAUUCCUAACAUCCUUUGGUUUGAGUACACUGUGACCAGAUCAGAGGCAAGAAACAGACAACGGAAACUUGGAACAAAACUCCAGUGAUCUCAGCUGUUCUUCGGUGAAAGGACCACACACAUGUAAACCAACAUGAGCGCACACACAAAUAAAACACACUGGAGAAUUAU